AGCGACAGUGGGAUUGACACUUCACUCGCCUUGAGUAGUCCAGAUCAUAUGCCCCUGACCAAUCGUGUCCUAUCGCUCUUAAUUUUUAAAUUUCAAUCAUUUUUUCCUUUGUCCGAUUUCGUAGAAAAAUUGUACGUGAUCGUACACAUCAAUAUCCACGCGUCCGCCAUAAAAUUCGUUCCCCGAAAUUGCGAUUUUUAUUACGGGAAUAUAUAAGGGGGGAUUUGAAGGCGAGGGCAUUGCCGGCAGUCAAGGGGACCUGAAAUUCUCUGCUAUUUCCGUUUUGACGUUGAAAUUGUCAAAGCUUUUCGGGAGUGCAAACAGUUCGGAACAACAUGGCAAUGCGCGUGCUUUUAUUUAUAUUGGUGUUGAGUGGUGUGCACGGUGCCAGCAUCGUCACGAAGUACGGAGAGACGAAUAUUCAAAGGGAUCUUUGUGACAGCGAAAUUUAUUGCCAGGGAGAAUUGCUGAAGACCGUACAAUUGGCGGGGAUAUUCAACGACAGUAAAACAUUCGUCGAUCUUUAUCAGAUCCAUGAUCCUGCUGUGACCUUAGCAAAUUUCGAAAAAAUGAUGCAGGCAACGGGAAGAAAGCCGAGCCGAGCUCAAGUGGCUCAAUUUGUAUCCAACAACUUUGACAACAUCGAUGAGGCAUUACCCUGGAAUCCACCCGACUGGCAGGCAAAUCCACCGAUACUAAGUCGAAUCCAGGAUUUGAAGUUUCGCAACUGGAUAUAUCAGUUGAACGGCAUCUGGAAGAAUUUAUCGAGACAAAUGUCAAAUAGGGUGCUUCAGUAUCCGGAGAGACACAGCUUCAUUCCGGUUGAGUAUGGGUAUAUCGUUCCCGGUGGUCGAUUUCAAGAGUUUUACUACUGGGACAGCUACUGGGCCGUGGAAGGACUCUUACUAUGUGGAAUGAAGGAUACGGUGAAAGGAAUGCUAUUAAAUUUCCUCUCCAUCGUGCAAAGAUUUGGAUUCGUACCGAAUGGAGGUCGUAUUUACUAUUUGAUGAGGAGUCACCCACCGCUGUUAAUUCCCAUGGUUGAGAAGUAUCUUGAGGCAACUGGUGAUAUCGACUUUCUUGCUGACAAUUUGUUGACACUCGAAGAAGAGUUUAAUUAUUUCCACGAGCAGAAGACAGUGGAUGUGGCGAGAAAUGGGCGGACGUAUAGGAUGGCACGGUACAUCGUCAGUAGUGAGGGUCCACGUCCGGAGAGCUAUCGAGAGGAUUACCACUUAGGAAACCUCUUCCCAGAAAAUAAGAGAAAAGAAUUCCUCGAGGAUCUCAAAGCAGGCGCUGAAAGUGGCUGGGAUUUCAGCUCCAGGUGGUUCGUAACUAGUGGAAACAAGACUGGAAAUCUCAGUGACACAUCCACGAGAAACGUUAUACCAGUCGAUCUCAACGCUCUUCUCGAGCGAAAUGCACGUUUACUUGCACAAUUCAAUAAACUCCUGGGGAAUGAAGUGAAAGCCAAGAAGUGGCUGGAUAUUGCGCGGACUUAUCAACUGGGAAUUGACGAGGUGUUGUGGAACGAAGAGGCCGGUAUAUGGCUGGAUUAUGAUCUUAAGAACAGACGACCGAGAAGGUUUUUCUAUCCGAGCAAUUUGACGCCACUUUAUACAAAAAGUUUUGACAGUUCGAAGUCAGACAUUUAUGCGAAAAGAACUGUUGAAUAUCUGAAGGCUGAGGGAAUCGGUGAUUUCAUGGGUGGAACACCAAGUUCACUGAGUAUUACGAAUGAACAGUGGGACGCACCCAACGCCUGGGCCCCUCUCCAAUCGUUUAUCGUUCAAGGGCUCUACAAUACGAAUGCUGAACCAGCACUCGAAGCUGCUAAGGAGCUUGCGUCAAGGUGGCUCAGGGCAAAUUACCUCGGCUUCGAGGAGUACGGGGUGAUGUUUGAGAAGUAUGACGCGGGGAAUCCCGGGCAUUAUGGAGGUGGUGGUGAAUACAAGGUUCAGCCGGGAUUUGCCUUUACGAAUGGAGUAGUUUUCGAAUUUUUAGACAUGUAUCCUGAUCUAACCGUCAGUGACACUAAAUACGAAGGGCGUAGCAUUUUCGAGAGAUAAACAAUCAAAUGCCAGGAGUGUUCAUCUACCUAUUCCUCUUUCAUUCGCUAUCUAGUCUUUAGGAUAGAAUGUGCAAUUUUCCAGGGAUCCAGAAAAUGGAUUUGACUCACAGAAGCAUGGGGACGGCUUUAACAGGGUUUAGAGCUGUUCCUCCCUUGAGAGAGGACAACUGAUCGCUGGAAUUGUUAAGCCUGGCUGGGUUAUACUGAAUGCUAAAGAAGAAAACGUUUGGCAAAUUUUCGAGCAAUCCAUUUGGUUGAUUAUUUCCUAUACUCUAUGUUCGAUCCAUGUUAUUUGUAGGGAAAUUUUAUGGUAAUUUUGUAAUGGAAUGUUUCACUUUAUCUCGAGUUGAAUGUUUUCCAAAGUUUCAUGAAGUCGUGAUAUUUUAGGGAAAUUUCAAUGGACAGAUUUUACAUUUCAUAGGACAAUUGAACAAAUUCAUUGGGAAAUAUGAGAAUAAAUUGAGAGGCUAUUAUUGCUAUUUUCCCAUUUGAAAUUUUAUUCAUGCAGUUUAUUUUCAUUGCUGGUUUCAAUAUUAAACAGAAUAUAUUAGAAUUAUUGUUGGAAUAAUUCUGUUGUAAAAAUUUGACGAACGAUUUAAAAUUAAAUCUGGAUAAAAUGGCGAGAAAUUAUAAUGGGACUGUCGAUUAAAUUUUAGGAAGUUUUUGACAGUUUAUAGCACCAUUUAAAUAAGUUAGAGUUAUCAGCAUUGAUUAUUAAUAUAUUUUAUGUUAUCAGUAUUUCCAAUAUCUCCCUGAUUCGUUGAUCGAUGAAAAAAAUUAUCAUGUACACAGUCUGAUCGAAAAUUGUAAUAAAUUAUUGAAUAAAAAUAAAGGAAAGUUUUAAAUUUUCCUCAACAUGAACGAAA